AUGGCCGAAGAUAACAUUGAAGUUCGUUUUGCUGUUGUAGGCAAUGUUGAUGCUGGAAAGAGCACAUUAUUAGGCGUUUUAACCAAGGGUGUUCUUGACAAUGGCCGAGGCCGAGCGCGUGCAGACCUGUUUCGCUACAAGCACGAGAUUGAAACUGGACGCACCAGCAGUGUUGGAACUGAGGUCAUGGGAUUCUGUGCUGAUGGAAGCGCUCUAAUUGGAUUUUCGUCUCAUGACCAACGCCGACAUAAGAUUUCCUGGGAGCAAAUAAGUAAUGACGCCGCUAAGGUUGUCUCAUUUAUUGACUUGGCCGGUCACGAAAGAUAUUUGAAGACUACUGUAUUCGGAUUAACCAGCCAACUGCCCGACUACGUUAUUUUGAUGGUUGGCGCCAAUGCCGGACUUGUUGGCAUGAGCAAGGAACACUUGGGACUAGCACUAGCCUUAGGUAUUCCUGUCGUGGUUGUCGUAUCCAAGGUGGACAUGUGUCCGCCGGGUAUCCUCGAGGCAUCACUUGCUCAGAUUUGCAAGGUCGUGCAAUCCCCAGGCUGUCGUAAGACGCCUGUUAUGAUAUCUUCAAAGGAAGAUGUUUUAAGUGCCGCUCUUAGGCUGCCCAUCGAACGUAUAUGCCCAAUAUUUCAAGUAAGCAGCGUGACGGGACAUCAUCUUGACCUGCUAAGUCUGUUUAUGAACUUGAUUCCUUCCAGCCAAGCACGGUAUGCUCCAUUACAGUCCAAGCCUGUGGAGUUGCCCGUCAGCGAUGUAUUUAAUGUGCCGUUUGUCGGAACGGUGGUUUCAGGUGUGUUGACUUCAGGCAUUGUCAAGGUUGGUGACCCACUGCUCCUUGGACCUGACGGUCUAGGAAACUUUACGCCCACAUCAGUGCGAUCUAUUCAUCGACGAAGAGUCAACGUAGAAUGUGCCAGUGCUGGUCAAUCUGUUUGUUUUGCACUGAAGCGGAUACGGCCAUCUCAAGUGCGCAAGGGAAUGUUGCUCUUAUCGACCACUGAUGUCAACCCGAGCGUGCACCGCGAAUUUGAAGCAGAGGUUUUGUGCCUUUAUCAUUCUACAACUUUGAGUGUAGGCUCAUGCAUCGUCAUGCAUGCGUCUAGUGUUCGACAAACCGUUCGGAUUGUCGAAAUUGUCAAGUCUAGUUCGCCUGAGAACCACCACUCUGUAUCUUUACAUGCCAACGAAGGCUUCAAGCCGAUUGUACGUAUGGGAGACCGUGCACUUGUAAGAUUUCAAUUCACGUGUCGGCCUGAGUACAUUACUCCAGGGACCAAGUUAAUUGCGCGCGAGGGUAAGACAAAGCUAGUUGGAAUUGUAAGCAACGUAGGUGAGCAUGGUAUCAUGCCCACUUCGCUGCCUGAGCCUACACGGAACGUCGCAAAUGGACCAACAAAUCCAUUAACACGUGCAGGGAUGCAAGUACGGGGUGCAGCCUAA